CCCAAGUUGUGCUCUUAAUUAGAGCCAUGGCCGUCCCAACAGCUCUUCUGCUUCUCCUCCUAGCGGUGGCUCCAGUGGUGUAUGCCACAAAUUAUAAUGUGGAGUGGUCACAAGGUGUGGAUUACGUGAAAUGGGCUUCUGGCAAGACUUUCUUCGUCGGCGACACACUUGUGUUUAGUUAUGGGGGAUUGCACAGCUUGGCCGAGGUGAGCAAAUCCGACUACGACAGUUGCAACAUAGGCAAUUAUAUCAGACUGUCCAGCAACGGAAAUGACGUGGUUAAACUGAGCCAACCAGGGCAAAGGUACUUCCUAUGCCCAACAUCGAACCACUGUGACGAAGGGAUGAAACUUGCAAUCACAGUUUCCAGCGCUAAUACUCCGACCGGCGAUACGCCCACGACGCCUAGCACAGAUGCAGCAGCUAGCAACUUGUACAACGCGAAUGCUUUGGUGCUUGGAGCUUCGGCUGUGUUCGCGGUGCUUAUGGGUUAGGAGAGAGGCAGUGCAGCAGCUCUUGUUUAGUUUUCUUCUUACCCCGUGUGAUUGAACCAGUACUAGUAGUAUUUUGUUAGGGCCAAUAUAUGGUUCAAGAAAUUGUAUAAGUUAAAAACCCACCAAAUAAAUACAAAAUUAAACCCAUAAAAAGAUUUUGAUUGGAAUCAGUUCCUUUCGAAAAUAAGAUGGAAAAUUCCUGACCAAAAAUUAGGAGUUUGAUGAUAAGAUAAGAAAAAGGGCAAACCUAGAGAGACUUGAACUUGAUGAUGAUUAAGGUUUUAAAUCUCAGAAAAUUUCAAAGGAAAAUCCCGGGAUAUGUAUGUAUGAUUCAUGUUAAUUGGUGAAGGGGAAUUCUAGGUUGGUAG